CGCAAUAAAAGGCCCAAAGGAGUGUACAAAGGAACCCUCAUUUUGGGUCUUGCGAUAUUUGCCGUCCUAGGGUUCAGCUCUUAUCGACCUUUCCAACCUUAGACACACGAAGAGCAAAAGCUUGCAGAGUUAAGGGUUUAGAGAGGAAAUGGCGGCGAAAAGACAGAUUCCUGUUAAGAGCCGAAACCCAGAUCUGAUACGUGGCGUAGGCAAGUAUUCCAGGUCUAAGAUGUACCACAAGCGUGGCAUUUGGGCUAUCAAGGCCAAAAGCGGCGGUGUACUGCCCCGCCAUGAUCCCAAGCCUAAGGCCCCCGCUGCCGUCGAGAAGCCACCCAAGUUUUACCCGGCUGAUGAUGUCAAGAAGCCGCUUCUUAAUAAGCGCAAGCCUAAACCCACCAAGCUCAGAGCGAGCAUUACUCCAGGGACGGUGUUGAUUUUAUUGGCUGGGAGGUUUAUGGGGAAGAGAGUUGUUUUCUUGAAGCAACUUACUUCUGGGCUUCUUUUGGUUACUGGACCAUUCAAGAUUAAUGGUGUUCCUUUAAGGCGUGUGAACCAAUCCUAUGUCAUUGCUACUUCAACCAAGGUUGACAUCUCAGGAGUUGAUGUAGAAACGUUUGAUGACAAGUACUUUGCCAAGGAAGUAGAAAAGAAGAAGAAAAAGGGUGAGGGCGAAUUUUUCAAAGCUGAAAAAGAGGAUAAGAAAAAAUUGCUAGAUGACAAGAAAGAUGACCAGAAAGCUGUUGAUGCUUCUUUUUUAAAGUCAAUUGAGGGAGUCCCUGACUUGAAGGCCUACCUUGCUGCACGAUUUUCUCUCAAGUCCGGCAUGAAACCUCAUGAGCUUGUCUUCUAGAGGGAAUCUUGCAUUUAGUUAUUUUAUAUGCUUUACUUUGGUAUUAUUUUUGGUUUUAGUGUUUCAGUGGUUGUUUUAACAGAUGAUAUAUGGGCAAAACCUAAAUUGGGUUACAAUCUUUUCUUAUGCAAGCACUUCAGUUUUCUUUUUGGUUUA